ACGCAAUCAGAGCUAGGUCGCGAAUUGAUUGCGUCACAAGAAACGUGAGUUUGGAAAGUUCGCUUUGAAUCAGCUUGAGAGACACAAAUCUUAAUUUUUUGGUAACGGCUGGGUGAAAGGCAGAAAUGGCACUGACAUUAAAUUUAAACAAUGAGGUUGUGAAAAUGCGAAAGGAUGUAAAGACAGCAAGAGCACUGGUAAUUCGAAAAUUAACAAGACACAUUGCUAAGUUAAAGAAGAAAAAAGGUAAAGAAGGUGAAAUUGAAAAAAAUCAACGGCGAGCACAACGGCUCAUAGAAGAAAUCCAUGCAAUGAAGAGUCUCAAACCUGAUCAGGUGACCAAAGCAGCUCUACAGAAAAACAUCAUCUUUGAUAAAGUGAUUAAAAAUCCAAAUUCAACAAUUCUGGACCGAGCAACAGCAAGAAUAGCUUCAUAUCCACUGAUAAGUAAAAAAAUUAUUGAGAUCAAAGCUGCCAUAAAAGCAUUUAAAGAAGAAAGACUAUUGGAAAACAAGAAGCUGUCAGAGACUGAAGAAGACAUUUCAGAAAAGACUGAAUUUACUAUACAAAAUUACACCUCACUGGAUAAAAGUUCACAGAUAACUGAAAACAAACUAGAGGACAGUGAAGCAAAUGACACGUUGAUGGUAGUAAAAAAAGCAGAAGUAAAUAAAAGUGUAGUUGCUGCUGAGAAACCACAAGAAACAAAGGAAAAUCUAAAUGUUGUUGUCAGUGAGCUUGCAGAGACAGUUAAGUCAGAAAAUAUACUUAUUAAGGAUGAUCUGGAAAAUCCAACCAAAGUUGAGCCUGAAAACUUUGAAAAUACAAAUGCUCAGAAUAAAUUAGAAAAUGUAAUGCCUGAAAGUGAAGAAAGUGACGUAGAAAAGUCGGAAACAGAUGAAAAACAGGAAUACUUUGAUGACAGCACAGAAGAGCGUUUUUACAAACAGUCAUCGUUAUCUGAAGAUGAUGGCAGUGAUGAUGAUUUUUUCAUUGGAAAGGUUAAAAGAAUAAAGAAAAGGAAAAGUGAUUCUGGUUCAAGAGUAGAGAAGAAAAAUACGAAUAUCAGAACAGCUAUAGAAGACCUGAAAGCAACACAAGCUGAAGUGCAGUCAGCUGAAUCUAAGGAAUCGAUCAAACAGAACCUCAAACAAGGAAACCUUAAUUCAGUGUUUUGUAAUUCCUUGUCUGAUUCAAAGGGACAAAAAAGCAGAAAAAAUCAUGCACAGCCUCAGAUAAGAAAAGGUUCAGUUGUUCCUAAAAGCAUGUACAACAAGAAGCCACUACGUCAUCCAUUCCCUGAAAAGAAGCCUGUAAACAGAAUUUCACAUACUGACCAGUCUCUUCAUCCAUCUUGGGAAGCAAGUAAAAGACGAAAGAUGCAAGAGUCUCAGAUAACAGCAUUUCAGGGGAAAAAAAUUAAAUUUGAUGAUGAUAUCUGAACUAUUUUGAAGUGUUCAUUGUCUAAGAAAUUGUGAGUUGGAUCUUAUGAGGCAUUUUUAUCAUCACCAUACACCAUGGUAACAAUUUUCUGGAAAAGUUAAUAUAUUUUAAUGUAUCAAAGUGUUUAUUUCUGUUACUCAAUCAUGAAUGUGACAUUUUCUAGUACAAAAAAUACAUGUAUUGAAUAUAGUUUUUGUUGUGCUUUAGCGGUUAAUGUUAAAAGCAUGCAGUAUGCAGGAAAGUAAGGUUAACAUCUCGAUAGACCUAAAUGUGUAAUGAGGUACAGUGCUUUGUGAUCUCUGUGCUCCUUUCAUGUAAUCUUGUAUAUGCUUUUAUGACAAAUGGGGAAAAAAAAAUUAUCGUAUACCUGGAUGGAGAGCUCAUUAAACUGACUGUUGAAAGAACCAUAACCAAGGGACCAAAUGCUCGAGGACAUGGAAGAACUAACCCGAAGCUGUUGUAACAGUAAACUUCACACAAAUGUUAAGAAUUUUCAUCCAAGUAUGGUAAUGUCUUGGACUCCAUUACCUAGCAGUGAGGUUAAAACAGGCAUAUCUUUAUUUGGAAUUGUUUUAAAUGUAACUGUUUUAAAUACAAAUUAAAAAUCCAUUCUUGCAUUUGGAA